ACGGCUAGUCUAUUUGCCCUUUUGCCCUUGUUUCUUUUAGGUUUUGGGAAUGGCAGCGAUGUUAGAUUUCUUGCGUCGAGCGUCUAGAGAGGGCUGUGGCGGCGAUCUAGCUGAUGACGCUGCUCGCCAGGAUCCGAUGAUCGAAGAAGCGUCCGCGGCAGAGGAUUCCAGGGUCGCGGCCAGGGAUGACGAAGAAAUCACGGUUUUCUCGAGCCCGGUGCGAGAUUUCGAGCUGGAUUUGGGAGAUGGAGAGGAAAUUCUUAGCAGUUUCUGCGAGGGGAACGAGCUCUCGUUCAAUUACAUUCCAGACAAGGUCGUGGCCGCGAUAAAUGCCGGUGGCUCAUCGAUUCUAGAUACAUCUUUCGGCAUCGAUUUCGUGGACGAUCGAUUUUUCUCUGGUGGAGAUGUGCUUAGAACUGCCGAAGAUAUCGUUGAUGCGCAGGAGCCUUCGCUAUACCGCACAGCAAGGUAUGGGGAGGUUACUUACGCCCUAGAUGGACUGGAAAGUGGAGAUUACUACGUGGAUAUCCACUUUGCCGAGAUUAUUUUCACGAAUGGUCCUCCUGGGAUGAGGAUCUUUGACGUCUACAUUCAGGACGAGAAGGUUGUCUCGGAUCUUGACGUCUAUGGACGGGUGGGGUCGAACAGGCCCUUGAUUUUGCUAAACGUGCGAGCUGCAGUCGACGGCGGUGUUCUUACUUUGGCAUUUCGUGGCGUUGUUGGAAAUCCCACCAUCAGCGCCAUCUGCGUUCACAGAGCUCCUCCUCUUGCUAAGCGAACCGGUCGUAAGCCACGACCAAUUUACGAGCUUGCGUUGGAAAACUGCCAGAAGCAGAAUGCUCGCAGACUCACGUUUUGUGAGCAGAUGAGGGAUAAAAGUCGAGGAGCAGUUACUGAAAGCGAGCAAAGAUUGGAAGAACUCAGAAACGAGUGCCAUCAGGCCUGGAUUUCUGUUCAAGAAUCCAAUCGCCAAGCUGAAAAAUUACGUGAUGAACUUUCCGUGAAGUCUCUUACUGUCGAUACACUCGCAAAUGCCGUGGAAACUCAGGUGCUGGAGCUAAGAGAUUUGAAGGAAAAAGAAAUGAACGAAAAGACGAAGUUGAAGCUAGCCGUCAGUGAUGCCCAGAGGAAAGUCGAGGAACUCAGAAUACUCUAUAGUCUCCUGUCCAAGGACGCAAGAGAUUGUAUAUGCUCCUUUCCAGAUCCCCAUGGCAUGGUUUCUGCGGUUCAAGCUUUAGUGAAUGAACAGAAGGAGUUAAAGAAAAGACUACUAGACGAGAGUCAAGAACGGAAGUUUUUGUACAACAAGUUGAUUGAAAUGAAAGGGAACGUUAGGGUGUUUUGCAGAUGCAGACCGUUGAAUGCAUCAGAAGCGUCAGCAUCGUCGGUGUCAGUAGUCGAGUUUGACUCCGCUAGAGAGAAUGAACUCGUCAUUCGGGCUGGCACCAAUCCGAAAAAGCUCUACAAGUUUGAUCGAGUGUUCACUCCCGAAGACGAUCAACCUGAAGUGUUUGCAGACACGUCUCCGGUCGUUGUAUCUGUCCUGGAUGGCUACAACGUGUGCAUAUUUGCCUACGGACAAACAGGUACUGGCAAAACAUUCACGAUGGAAGGCAUUCCAGGAAACCGAGGUGUCAACUAUCGUACAUUGGAGGAACUUUUUCGACUAUCUACUGUACGCAAAGGAGAGGUCAACUAUGAGAUAAAAGUUAGUGUUCUAGAAGUUUAUAAUGAGCAGAUCCGAGACUUGUUGACAACACCAUCUCAAGCUGGUCUGGCGCCAAAGAGGCUAGAAAUUAAGCAAGACGCUGAUGGUGGCCAUCGUGUUCCUGGCCUCGUCGAGGCUGAGGUACACAGCAUGACAGAAGUAUGGGAGGUUCUCCAAAGCGGGAGCGCUGCUCGAGCUGUUGGCUCUACAAAUGCUAACGAACAUAGUAGCCGUUCUCACUGCAUGUUGUGCGUGAAAGUAAGAGGCGAGAACAUGACUACAGGAGAAUGUACUCGCAGCAAGCUUUGGCUUGUCGAUCUUGCUGGAAGCGAGAGAGUUGCAAAAAGUGAUGUUCAGGGUGAUCGCCUGAAAGAAGCUCAGAACAUCAACAAGUCGUUAUCAGCCCUGGGAGAUGUUAUUCACGCUCUAACGACGAAAAGUAACCACGUGCCUUACAGGAACUCGAAGUUAACACAUCUUCUGCAAGACUCGCUUGGAGGAGAAUCGAAGACUCUUAUGUUCGUACAGAUAAGCCCCACCGAGGCUGAUGUCGGGGAAACGUUGUGCUCCUUAAAUUUUGCUAGCAGAGUACGUGGUGUAGAGAUGGGUCCGGCAAAGAAGCAGCUCGAUUCCUCGGAGUUUUUCAAGUAUAAGCAAAUGGCAGAGAAGGCUAAGCAAGAUGUGAAAACCAAGGAUGAUAGCGUCAGAAGGCUCGAAGACAGCUUACGUACCACCGAAAGUAAACUGAAGGUAAAAGAACAACUGUGUCAGAGCCUAGCUGAAAAGGUCAAGGACCGAGACAAAGUUGCUGCUGAACUGGAGCUCCAGCUAGCCACCGAGAAGAAAGCUCGUCUUGCAGCAGAAGUGGCUCUCAAGGAAAAGCGUCUGAAAGCUGAUAGAGAAGGAUCGUGGGACAGGGCUGACAGGGCGAAUGCGGAAGAAGCUCUUGAAGCUGCGUUUAAAACAGCCGCUAGUUUUCACCCCAAGGAAAAUAGUUACAGACAACCGUUACAAGAGCGGGCGCUGGAGAAUGAGCUUAAGCCGCUAAGCAAAGACGAGAAAGCUCCCAAAGUCCUUGGUGAAAACCGUGCUCUGCAAAACGAGAACAUCGAUCCCCAAAAUCCAGAUGGUCUUACUUCGGUUCUACGCAAGCCUCCACACGCAAGGCUGAAGGUGGUACCUUCGAGAUUCAAUUCUCCGCCGCUUAUGCCAAUGCCCCGCCGAACUUCGCUGUGCGGAAUCACUCGACGGACGUCCUUGGCUCCUGCUCCAACGAAAUUCGUCGUGGAGACUCCAUCAACUCAGCUUAAGUCAUCGGAGGUGCAAGAGGACAUUAAGACAGUGCAGAGUAUCGUCCAAGCAGAGAGCCGCACCUUCCAGGUAGAAGAUAGCAACGUCCCUUCCGUAGCCUGGAAAGGUAUCGACGUUCCUGGAACGCUCACAAGGCUAAGGCAACACAGAAGAGUACACUUCAGCUCGCCGUUAAUGCGGUCGAGGGAGAAGCUGAUGGCGUUGAAGAAGGAAACGUGCGACAACCUCCCGGAAACAAAGCAGUCCAGUGGUACCAGAAUGAGACGAGUAAGUUUGGUGGCCAGGUCCUGGAACAAGCAUCCAGGAGGAGCCCAACGAAUUCUCAGUGGCAGGAAGGGUUCCAUGCACCAGCGUGAAAGGGGCUGGAACAAAGGAUAGAUAAGAAUGGGAGCCGCAGCAUACAUACACUACGAAGCAGUUGUGCUCUUCAUAUAGCAAAUAUGUCAAGGAAUAGCUCUAAAGUCCGGCUGAAAGCAAACCAGUGGCGGAACGGCGAUCCUAAAUGCACUCUCGGGGACAUGGCUCCAGACAUCAAGCUUCGUGUCAUAAGCGAGUCCCCCGAGUUCUGGGUGUCCCUUGAGAGAGGCUCCAAUCAGCCGACCGGUGAAGGACGCCUCAAACUGGAGAUUACACGGCAUGCACAGCCAGAGCACCCACGGGCUCUUGAUCAGCCGCUUGCCUUGGUCGAGCUCCCAUACCGCAAUGGAGUUCUCAUCACUGCCCUCUAUCCGGACCCCGGAUACCGUCACGUAGCGCCCCCGAAAGUCGACGAGAUUGUUGGAGAUAGAAACGUCGCGCUCGUCGACUCUAAUGGACCCGCAAGGUGGGCUCACUCUCCUGAGGAGUUUCCAAUCGUACAGGCUGAGCAGCAGCGUCUCUGAAUCGCACGCGUAGUAGACGAGCUCGUCGCUGGCGACGAUCACUCCGGUGGAAGGCUUGAAACUCUCCUCGGCCAGCGUCGUGGCCCAGUCCCCGCGCAUGGAGCUGCUUUGGAGCUUGGAUCCCGCGCCAUCGCCAUGCCGAGAGGGCCCGAGUCGAGAGUGGAAGGAUGCGGCAGCCUCCUGCUAGAUCCCGUGAGCGGAUUAAAGACGAGGAUCUCGUGAGCAAGGCCUCGGAGAUAGCCGACCGUGCAAACCAGGCCUCCCAGCGCCGACCAGUGGAGGAUCCUACACCGGGGAUUUGGAGGAGCUUUCAAGGAUUUGCGAAGCGAGAGCUUGGGCAGGAGGUGAUGAUUGACGUCGCUGCUGCUGUGAUCGUCGUCCAAGGCGAUGAUCUCGUCGUCGUCCUUGAGCAGCAGUGACCACGAUUGAUCGCCAUUGUUGUGCUGGAGGAGAGCCUGGAGAUCGUGAUUUGGGAACUUACCACCCACGCAAAGGUAGGAGCUGAGCUUGAUCAACUUGGCCAUUUGUACAAAAAGGGUGGCAAGAGAGUAAAAUUUAGGGCCCAAAUUGGAAGUA